UUAUUGACGCCUGAAGAAUUUGAACGUUACCUGCUUGUAACUUAGUUCAGCGUUUGGCGACAGUAAUAGUACAGACAAGACUGUAGGCUUAACUCCAGAAUAGUCAUGGCAACUAAAUUGUUAUGGAUAACAAUAAUUCACGUCUUAUUAUGGAACUUAAUAUUUUCUGUAACUGAGAGUAUUGAAUUAGAUGGGUUUAAAGAUUUAUCAUCAAAUAAUUUUCGUGAUCGAGUACGAUUUACAACACAUAUUUGUGACCGUUUGAAAGAUUCACCACCACCGGUUGCUUAUCAUAAUAAUGAUGAAUCUUUAUCUGAUUCAGAUAGUGAUGCGGGUUUAGUUAAGGAUAUGAGUAAAGCAGUAAAUCCUGUAAAAAGGCACGCAAGCUUACGAUGCUAUAUCCAUAAUACACAAGAAAAUAAAGAACCUAAUAACUUAGAUCCUUCAAUAACAAGUGAAUGGCAAAUGAAGUCUACUCCUGCAAACAACGGAUUUGGUGCAGAUUUGUAUGACCAUUCAAUAGUUCAAAAACCGAAAGUUGUAAAUCUAAAAGAUGUUGACAUUAAUGCACAUCAAGGAUUGUUAUAUUCUAAAAAACCAUUUUUACAAAAAGGAAAUCUUAUUGGUGAAAUUCCAAAUCAUAAACAACUUCAAUUAAAUUUACAAGAUAAGACGAACAAAAUUAAAUCAUUAAUGUCUGCACCACAGCAUAAGUUUGUUAAUAUAAUACCAGAUAAAUUAUUGGAUGAAAGUCUUCAUACCAAAUUAGUCCAGCCGUCGCUGACUUUUCCAUUACCUGCUAAAUUUAUUAAAUCUCCACUAACUGAUUCAUUAUUGCGGCCAAUUGACACACAUAAUAGUAAUGGUGAUUCAGCAGUGUUGACAGUAGAUAAUGAUAAAAAAAAAGAUCCGUUAAUACUGACUCCACCUUCAUUACAUAAUAUACCAAAUAAAAAUGUCUAUCAAAAAGAUUCGACAGUUGAAAAAAAACCAUUAUUAAUGUCUUUUCCAUCGAUUCAGAUUAACAAGCCAAAACCUGUAGAAAUAUCGGAUGACAAACAUAUACCACCUAUCGCCUAUCGGCCUUCACCUCCAUCUCCAGUUCCUCAGUACAUAAAAGCUCCUGUCACAAAACCAAUAUUUGUACCGAUUUUUGUGAAUAAAGGAGUAAUAACAUCACCAGAAAAAGAACGACCGCAGGCUAAUAUUGGGUCGUUAUUACAUUCUAAAAUAAUCAAAAAUGGUAUUACUGAACCAACGUCUCAACCAAUCUUAAUUGAAAAAAAAGUUACAAUAGCUUUACCACAAAAAAAACAACCGGGAUUAAUUGAUUUGUUAUCACCUACACAGUUUAUUAAGACUCCUGAAACAGACAUAGUACAUAAACCGAUAAAAAUCGAAAAAGAUGCUUCAAUAUCUGAACAAAAUGGACAAAAACAGCAGAUAAUUGAUUAUUUGUCACCACAAACUCCGCAAUUUAUAAAGACUCCUGACAAAGAGUCAUCAUAUCAGGGGACAUCAGAACAAACAAUAGUAUCGGUAAAUGCGCCGUAUGAGCAAAAACAAUCAAUAAUUAAUUUACCAUCACCUCCUCAAAUAACAGGAAAUUUCAACAGUGAAUCAGCAUCUCAGAUAAUGCCAAUUCAAAAAGAAGUUUCAACAUUCGCUACGUAUAUACAACAGCAGCCAUUAGUUGAAUUUUCACCACCUCCAGAAUUUCAAAAAAUUAAAAUACAAAAGGAAGUAUCGAUAUCAUUGCCAAAUCAGGAAAAAAAGAUUGUUGAUUCACCUCCAAAUCUAAUUAAUUCUUUCAAUACUGAAUUUAUGUCUCAGUCAAUUUCUCAAAAAAAAAAUUCAUUAUAUGACCAACAAAAGCCUAUCAUUUUGCCAUCACCUCCUCCACUAAUCAAGACUACCACUUCAGCGUAUGUCAAAUAAUUGAGUAAUAAAUAUUUACCAUCUAUUUGUCAUAACUUCCAAAAUAUCAACAGUUUUUCAUUGCUGAUAUUUUAAAAGUUAUUUAUAAGUUAUAUACUUAUAAAUUUUAUCAUAGUAAAGAAAUUUAAA